CUUUAAUCAUUUGUCAUUUUCGCUCCACUAAUCGCGGAAGUCUGGUGCAAGUUCGGAAUGGUGUUUGGUGGAAUUUUCUUUUCCUAAUUUUGCUCUUAGAAAGUUUAAAUUUUCGUGUAUCAACCGGAAGUGAUAUCUUUAUAACGUGCGCUUCCCACUGCCACUGCUUCUAGCUGCAGGCGUCAAGGAGUGCUUAAUUGUAUCCCCUUGAGGUUUACUAGCUGGGAGCGCUUUGGUUGAUUUGUUUUGGGCACUGACGUGACGACAAAAGUGACCUGCGUAAGUGAAGAACAAGUAAACCAAGAUGGUGAAGAGGAAAACUCAACCACUUAUCGAUUCGGACAGCAGUAGCGAUUCCGGAUCUGAUUCCGAUCUGGAUUCUGAACUGCUGACAUUGGCCAAAAAGAAAAAGACUUCCCGUCUGCCGUCUCACUCUCCGGGGAAGUCCUCUGGGUCGGAUUCGGACGAUGAUUCUGAACCGGAUGCUGCCGCGCAGCGGAAAAAACGUAACGCGAAACCAACUUCCUCUUCGGAGUCUGAAGCAGAGGAUGAUAAGGUGGAUUCAGAACCGGAUGAAGAAGAAGAGAAUGGUAAACAACCUGCCGUUGUUAGGAGCGCCCAAAAACAGAGUAAAGAUGACGAUGAGGAGGCAGAGAAAUCCGAACUUGAAGAGGGCCAGCUUACCUCUGACGAUGAAUCCGGAUCUGGUUCUGGUGACGAUAGUGAUGAUGAAAGUGGAAGUAGCAGCAGCAGUGGAGAUUCUGAAUUUGAUGACGGGUAUGAUGAUAAUCUGAUGGGUGACGAGGCAGAUCGUGCCAGACUGAACGCUCUUUCUGAAAAAGAACGAGAAACAGAAAUCUUUAAACGUAUCGAGCGACGUGAUGUGAUGAAAACUCGCUGGGAGAUUGAACGAAAAUUGAAGUUGGCCAAAAAAGCGGAGCGUGCAAAAGACAAGGAAUCACAGCCACCAAAAAAGAAGCGAAAGAAGGAUCGCAAGAAGAAGCUGGCACAACAGAAAGCGCUGGAAGAAAGAAAGAAGAAAAAGCUGCCAUCUCCUGAACCUGAAGUGGUAGCUGCUGCUCCUCCACAACUGCCGGUACAGCAGGUUAUUUCUGAACCUGAACCAGGCGAGGAAAGUCCUAUUUCUUCCCCAGAUAAAUCUAAGGAGUCUGAGUAUGCUUCCGGAGCGUCCGAUUACUUCGAUCCAAAGGAACGCUCCAAGGAGCGCAAAAAGAACGUCGAAGCUAAUCGUACCGACGAUAAACGAAGCAAUGCCAUGGCGAUGCUUAAGGCAAAACGUGAAGGCAAAGCUAAGCGAGAAGAAGAAGAGGCAAAGAGGGAAGCUCAGCGUAAGGCGGAAACGGAAGAUAAAGACGAACUAGAAGAUGUUCCUGGCGGCAAAUCGUCGCAAAAAUUAAAAGCCUCUGACAUCUAUUCAGACGAUUCCGGCAGUUCAAGUGAAGACGAAAAGAAGACUGGAGCUAGCGCACCAGCUGGUCAACGCUCACGUUCUGGCUCAAGCAGUGGAAGUGCCAGUGACAGUCGGUCUUCCUCAGAUAGUGAAACCGAAGGUGGUGAGGUGAAGGGAGAUAAGAAGAGUACUUCCAGUUCCGGUUCAUCAAGCAAGAAACCGGUUGCCAUCAGCACACGAGAUGAACUGAACAAACUUAGAAUUUCGCGGCAUAAAAUCGAACGUUUCAUCAAUCUACCGAUGUUUGAUCAGGUUGUGCUGAACUGUUUCGUGAGAAUUAACAUCGGUAAUAAUAAUGGAAGGCCGGUUUACCGGGUGGCGGAAAUCGUUGGAGUCGUCGAGACGGCCAAAAUUUAUCAGCUCGGUAAGGGGCGUACGAAUAAGGGCUUUCGCUUGAGGCAUGGUAGCCAAGAGCGUGUCUUCCGGUUGGAAUUCAUCUCUAACCAGGACUUUACGGACAGCGAGUAUCAGAAGUGGCUUAGCGUGUGUGAAGCCACUGGCACGGCGCUUCCCAACGUGGACAUGAUUGAUAAGAAGCAGCGGGAGAUCAAGGAUGCGGUAACCUACGAGUUUAAGGAUGCCGAUAUCGAUAAAAUUAUCGAGGAGAAAAAUAGAUUCCGUCCGCAUCCUACCAAUUAUGCCAUGAAGAAGACACUGCUGAUGAAGGAACGCGAUGCGGCACAGUUGCGCGGCGAAGACGAGCUGGCGCGGGACUUGAACAUACAAAUUCAGGAACUAGAAGAGCGGGCCAGCUCACUGGACAAGCGGCGCAGCAGCAGUAUUAGUUUAAUUUCUUAUAUCAACGAUCGAAAUCGCAAGCGCAAUGUGGAGGAUGCCGAAAGGGCAAUCAUGGAAGAGGUGCGUGCUUCUCGUGGUGUCAAGAUAGAAGAUCCGUUUACGCGUCGUCAAACGCAGCCACGGAUGUCAUUCAAAGCUUCCGAUAAACGAGAUGAAUUGCCGACCAUGCAGAUGCCGGCACCUCCGCCACCUGGCCAGAAAAAGAAAAUCGACGAAAAGAAGGCUUCGUCUAGUUCCGACAACAACCUGUACUCAUUGCAUGAUUUUGAAAUUGACUUGGAUGUUCCUUUGCCGAUUGGCUCAGUGAAUGUUCUUCCGAAGCCUGUGGAAAAGCCUGUCAAGGAGACUGGCCCAAAACGUUCACUCAAUCUGGAGGACUAUAAGAAAAAGCGGGGCUUAAUCUAGGAUUGGCAUGUAAUCAGUGGAAUUAGUUUUAGCGGUGUUAGCAACCGAAGUAAGUGCUACAUUUGAACUCUCGCCAAAUAGCAAUUACUGCAAGACAGGUACACGCUUCAAUACACACACAUGCCGACACAUUUUGAACAGACAGCAAAGUUUACUUAGUAUGGAUUGUGUGUAAAGUUAGGUCUCUGAGUCUGAAGUAACCUAAUAUGAACCUCAAUUUGGUAUUAAUUUAUUAGUUUUACAUUACUCCGUUCCAAAUUGUAUACAUAUUCGUGUGUGUAUAUUUUGCUUAGUCACUUCAGAAAAUUUGCCUACAAGCUCAAGUUCAAUUGGUUUACUUAGCAGUUCAAUCAAAGAAAUAGUUAUCGGUUUCCGUUAUACUCUACUAAAUUUUUUGGAAAUAAAUAUUGAAAUUCAGUCCGCAAAUAUAUAUUUCGACUGUGACGUACAGUCUUCCUCAGUGCUUAUGUGGACUGGUAAAGAGCAAAGCGUAAAUCCUGUUUUUUUAUUUGUAGUAGGUAAAAAUGAAAAUUUAGCACCCUUAAUUGGAGUUAGGUAGGGAAUUAUGCGGUCGAUUGUUUACCGUACCAUGUCUGGGGUUUUUGGGAAGCAGAUUGAAUAGCCAUGAGGGGUGAUUACCUGCGUCUUUAUUGAGAAGCGUGCAUGAGUGUUGUUUAUAAAUUUCUAAACUUUCAGCUACGUCUAAUUUCCAUAAAUUACACGCUUCUCAAUAAAGACGCAGGUAAUCACCCCUCAUGGCUAUUCAAUCUGCUUCCCAAAAAACCCAGACAUGGUACGGUAAACAAUCGACCGCAUAAUUCCCUACUUAACUCUAAUUAAGGGUGCUAAAUUUUCAUUUUUACCUACUACAAAUAAAAAAACAGGAUUUACGCUUUGCUCUUUACCAGUCCACAUAAGCACUGAGGAAGACUGUACGUCACAGUCGAAAUAUAUAUUUGCGGACUGAAUUUCAAUAUUUAUUUCCAAAAAAUUUAGUAGAGUAUAACGGAAACCGAUAACUAUUUCUUUGAUUGAUCUCAAUCACUCUGCUAAGACGCUCGUUAUAGAUUUUCUAUACUUAGCAGUUGCUUAUGUUAAGUAAUAGCAAAUAAUCACAAACUGUAGCUUCAGUGUUUUCGAACACUAUAACACUAGUUUACAAUUCAACACCACACCAGCCAGGUUGAGUAGGCAGACGCAAAAGGGUUAGCCGACCGCAUUAUGUAAACAUAAUUUGUCCUUCUAAUUUUAUUUAUUUGUAUCAUCCUCUUUUACGAUGUCGAUGAUUGAUAGGUAUGUAGCAUAAUCCCAUGAAUGCUGUAAACAGUUUUAAAUGCAUUGUCAGGAAGAUCUUACUGAACGAAGAAAUAAAAGAAUUUGUUUAAAUUCAAAGCUAAA